GUCUCCCGCAUGAAUAAUGGACACCUCUGGGGGCUUCCAGCGUUUACACCAGCCAGGGAGCAAAUUCUGAUCAAAUUCUCCCACAACCGUGAGCGAGGGAUGAGGCCCGUGAGAGUCUAGUUUAGGGGACCCUGCCCACUGCCUGAGCAUCCCUCCCAGCCGUGGGAGGGGUCCCAGAAACUCCACUCCUCAGCUUCUCCUUCCCGAGUCGGUACCGGACUCCCGAUUUCCUCUCUAGCCCUGAGAACUCCAGGCCCCAGCGCCCCCAGCCCGGCACCUGUCCCUCUAGCCCCUCCCCUGCCGCCUUCCGAUUGGCCAAGCGGGCAGCGCCCCCUGGCGGCAUCGGGCUCUGAUUGGCGGGAAGUUCCCAGCCGCGGCUAGGACUGUGGAGAAAAUGAGUCGGCCCCGGGCGGGGGCGGGGGGCGGGGCCGUGCCGAGCCGGACCCGCUGGACAGACGGCCCUCCUGGAGCGGGACUCCACGCCGGACACGAUGCGGCGGCCUGGCCCGAGCGGCCGCCGCCCCCUUCUGCUCGUGCUGCUGCUGCCGCUCUUCGCAGCCGCCGCCUCCGCCGCCAGCCCCAGCCCCAGCGAGGCCGUCGAGGUUGCGGGGAUCCCGGGCCGCCGGGCCGGUCUUGCUGCUUGUCGGUGCUGCCCAGGCCGAUCGUCCAGGAGAAGUCGCUGCCUCAGAGCCUCCUGCAGGGUCCAGAGCUGCCCGCCCGAAAAGUGCGCAGGCCCUCAGCAGUGCCUGACCCCAGUGCCCCUGGUGCUGCCGAGCCCCAGCCCCAGCGUGAGGAAGAGACAGGUGUCCCUCAACUGGCAGCUACUGACGUGA